UCCAAGGUUCGUCUCGGCCCGUGCAGACGUGCAGAGCGAUUUUUCCAGUGUGCAGUGCUUGAAAAACAGGAAGGAGUGGAGUGUGAAAAUCGGCAGCCAUUAGCGGCUAGGACUGAAUUGUACAAAUUUUAUUCCAAAUAGAGUGUAAUUUUCUGCCGGCUAGUGGAGAACAGCUUUCCCAUUUUCGGUAAAUCCUACGAGUAACCGUGGACCUAGUGCGCAGGGGCGAACCAGAUCUCAGUUAGUGUCGUUUUUGUUGCAUAAAGCAGAAUGGGUAAGGAGAAGAUUCAUAUUAACAUCGUCGUCAUCGGACAUGUCGAUUCCGGCAAGUCCACCACGACUGGUCAUCUGAUCUACAAGUGCGGUGGUAUCGACAAGCGUACCAUCGAGAAGUUCGAGAAGGAAGCCCAGGAAAUGGGCAAGGGCUCGUUCAAGUACGCCUGGGUUCUGGAUAAGCUGAAGGCUGAGCGGGAACGUGGUAUUACCAUCGAUAUCGCCCUGUGGAAGUUCGAAACCGCCAAGUACUAUGUCACCAUCAUCGAUGCCCCUGGACAUCGUGAUUUCAUCAAAAACAUGAUCACCGGAACAUCGCAGGCUGAUUGUGCCGUGCUGAUCGUUGCCGCCGGUACUGGUGAGUUUGAAGCCGGUAUCUCCAAGAACGGCCAAACUCGCGAGCAUGCCUUACUGGCCUUUACCCUGGGCGUCAAGCAGCUGAUCGUUGGUGUUAACAAGAUGGACUCGACCGAGCCCCCAUACCACGAGGCCCGCUUCGAGGAAAUUAAGAAGGAAGUCUCGUCUUACAUCAAGAAGAUCGGUUACAACCCGGCUUCGGUUGCGUUCGUCCCGAUUUCCGGCUGGCACGGCGAUAACAUGCUUGAAGCUUCGGACAAGAUGCCAUGGUUCAAGGGAUGGGCCAUUGAGCGCAAGGAAGGCAAGGCUGAAGGCAAAUGUUUGAUUGAAGCCCUCGACAACAUUUUGCCCCCGUCACGCCCCACCGACAAGGCUCUGCGUCUGCCGCUGCAGGAUGUGUACAAAAUUGGCGGUAUCGGAACGGUACCAGUCGGUCGUGUCGAAACCGGUAUCCUGAAGCCUGGUAUGGUGGUUGUAUUCGCCCCUGUCAACAUCACCACUGAAGUCAAGUCGGUGGAAAUGCACCACGAGGCACUCCAGGAGGCCCUGCCCGGCGACAACGUCGGCUUCAACGUCAAGAACGUCUCGGUCAAAGAGUUGCGUCGUGGAUACGUUGCUGGUGAUUCCAAGGCCAGCCCACCGAAGGGUGCCGCUGAUUUCACCGCUCAGGUCAUUGUCCUGAACCACCCCGGCCAAAUCGCCAAUGGAUACACUCCGGUUCUCGAUUGCCACACCGCUCAUAUUGCGUGUAAGUUCGCCGAAAUCAAGGAGAAGUGCGACCGUCGUUCCGGCAAGGUCACCGAGGAGAAUCCCAAAUCCAUCAAGUCCGGUGAUGCGGCCAUCGUCAACCUGGUGCCAAGCAAGCCGCUGUGCGUCGAAAGUUUCCAGGAGUUCCCACCGUUGGGACGUUUCGCCGUGCGCGACAUGCGUCAGACGGUCGCCGUCGGGGUCAUUAAAUCUGUAAACUUCAAAGAGGCCACCGGUGGUAAAGUAACCAAAGCCGCCGAGAAGGCCCAGAAGAAGAAAUAACUAGAGACACAGGAACAUCCGAAUACAGUAGUAGUGGUAGCCAAUAGCACUGCUAGCAAGAACAUCACUAGUUUUGCCACUACUACUACAAAGAUAAAACCAAAACAAUUCUCAACAUUAUUAUUAUUGAAUAAUGAUGCCCGAAUGUGGACUUUUAUUGAGUGCGCAAUCCGGUCAACGGUUGGCUUCAAUAGAAAUCAUCCAUUAUUAUUAAAUAAUAAUUUAAGAAAUAAUAUUAAUCUUAAACUACAACUUAAAAAUAAUCGUAAUAAUUUAAAGAAAACUUACAAAAAAAUUCAGGCCGGCUGGUGCAUAGAGGAUUUUAUUGGUAACUUUGCUAAAAUAACCACAGCAGAAACAACAACAACAACACGUUCAUCAUCAUUGCCAUCAACCCUAUUGUCUUGCUUCAAUCAGCUGACUUCCGUGUCGUCCCUAUCAUCUGUUCUUGCCUCUAACUCCCAAAUGAACAAUAGCAGCAGCAAUGGUCACUACCCAUCUCCAUCGUCAACAUCAUCUGCAAAGAAGACUAAUUUAUUCUACCACCAUAGAAAAGCAUUUCGAAGGAAAGAAGAUUACGCCAACAAUUUGGAACGAACAAAAGCCGCCAACAUUUCCAUUGCGAUCGCCAUCUGCACUACUGUUGAGUAUCUUCUUCUCUCCAUUAUCUCCAACACUCUGCUCCUCAUACUCACUACUACUACUACUACUACUGCUAGUUUAGUUCGUUCUACUAAUUUCGCGACCAUGUGGUCAUGAUACGAUCGUAUGAUACCAAAGAUUAUGAAAUGAUUUUAACUUUUAAGUCACACAUUACUGUGUUUUAGGCAUAAUAAUUCUAUGUAGUUUUUAAAAGACAUCAUCUACAUUAUGUUCCCAGUGAUCAUUUGCUGAUGAGAAAAGCGAGAGAGAACUAAAUAAAGAGUGAUUUAUUACGGAGAUGGACGAGAAAUUGGCUGAUUGUUUUCUGCAAACAAUUUAUGUGAUAUCUACCGAUCUUAUUUUCAACGAAGAGGAACCCGAAAAUAUGAUUUUCAAACUGAUGGAACUGAAGCAUAAAAGACACCCGUUCCUUUCUUGCAUGGCAAACAAAAAAAAUUAUGCUGCGCUAAAUGUGGCUUUUCAAAAUCAUCGUGUCUAUCAAUUUCACGCACAUUUUCUUCAAGUGUCGAACCUUGAUCGUGUUCAGAGCAGUGUGCAACGCACCACUCGAGACCAGAUCCAGAGGAUGCACUUUUUCAUCAACCAUACAAUGCUCACGUUCAUAAUACAGACAAAAAACACAAUUACACAAGAACAGAUAAUUUUUCGUAAAGAAAAUUCAAACGUCAAAGAAACCAUACGCAUGGAUACAACAAUGUGCAAGCAAGCAUACUAAAUGAAAAAAUACUACUAUUAAAAAUGGGAAAAAUGCCAAUAAAAAUCAAGAUAAGGCUUGAAAA